GUGUGUGUGUGUGCGCGCGCCCUGUGGUGUGAAAGCCCCACUUAGCUUCUUCCCACACUUUCUCCUAAUGCACUGUGAAAAUGGACGUGUAGUGAGUGCGGGCAGGGGGAGCUCUGAGGGGCCAGUGUGGAAAGCAGAGAUAGGCGAGUCAGCCGGCGCGUGGUGAGGAGAGGUGCCUGCUGAGGGUAAAGGGCCUCCUCGUGGGCCCAGAGCCACAAACAUGGAGCCCUUCCUCCAGCCUUCCGGAGCCUGCUAGGUGUCACUGGUGACAUCCCCUCAGCCUACUGAGACCUCGCAUCCGGCCAAGGAGUGGGUUUGUCCGCAGUACCCUGAGCUCUGCCUGGUGAGCUGGAGGAGGAGGAAGGCCAUGACGCCAGGAGCCAGGCAGAGGCCGAGACCAGAAUGAUGGCCCUCUAGGCUGGGGAAGGGAGCUAAGGCGGGAGUGGGAGCAGGGGCGCCGUCACAGGGUUCAGGCGCCAUGGAGGACAAGCGCAACAUCCAGAUCAUCGAGUGGGAGCACCUGGACAAGCGGAAGUUCUACCUGCUGGGCGUGGCCAUGACCAUGGCGAUCCGCGUCAGCGUGUACCCCUUCACGCUCAUCCGCACUCGGCUGCAGGUGCAGAAGGGCCGCAGCCUCUACCAGGGCACCGCGGACGCCUUCAUCAAGAUCCUGCGAGCAGACGGCGUGGCUGGCCUCUACCGGGGCUUCCUGGUCAACACCUUCACGCUCAUCUCGGGCCAGUGCUACGUCACCACGUACGAGCUCACCCGGAAGUUUGUCGCCGACUACAGCCAGAGCAACACAGUCAAGUCGCUGGUGGCCGGGGGCUCAGCCUCGCUGGUGGCCCAGAGCAUCACGGUGCCCAUCGACGUGGUGUCACAGCACCUGAUGAUGCAGCGCAAGGGCGAGAAAAUGGGCCGCUUCCAAGUGCGGGGCAGCCCAGAGGGACCCGGGGUGGUGGCCUUUGGCCAAACCAAGGACAUCAUCAAGCAGAUCCUGCGGGCCGACGGGCUUCGAGGCUUCUACCGGGGCUACGUGGCUUCCCUGCUCACCUACAUCCCCAACAGUGCUGUCUGGUGGCCCUUCUAUCACUUCUACGCAGAGCAGCUUUCGUGCCUCUGCCCUAAGGAGUGCCCUCACAUUGUCUUUCAAGCCAUCUCAGGCCCCCUGGCUGCAGCCACUGCUUCCAUCCUCACCAAUCCCAUGGAUGUCAUCCGAACCCGAGUGCAGGUCGAGGGCAAGAGCUCCAUCAUCCUGACCUUCAGACAGCUCAUGGCGGAAGAGGGGCCCUGGGGCCUCAUGAAGGGCCUGUCGGCCCGAAUCAUCUCAGCCACGCCCUCCACCAUUGUCAUUGUGGUGGGCUACGAGAGCCUCAAGAAACUCAGCCUGCGACCCGAGCUGGUGGACUCGAGACACUGGUAACCAGCGGUGGGAAAGGAGCCUGCUGCCCUCCACACUGCCCUGGGGCAAGGGCAGAGGAGGGGGGAGCACCCUCUCCAAGUGCCCCCACACACAGCUAGCCCUGCCCUGGGCCAGGUGCCCUUCCGGGACAGGCACGGAAGCUGAGCUGCUCUUGCUGGAGAGGUGCCAUACCUGGAUCCCGUGCUCCCCGUUCUUUUUAACUUUCUUGCCAAACUGGGCUCUCUCCCUCAGUCCCUGUACUCAGUCCUGCCCUAAGGAAACCCACCCUCCCCACCAGCCCCACUCCACCCCUGCCGUGCUGACCCCCCUUCGUCUGAUUUCCGCCACCUGCGUCCCUGACAUCCUGAGCCAGAGCUACACGCAGGGCUUGCUCACCACCACUGGUUCUUCCCGCGGGGCCUCCAGCCAGGCUCUAAGCAGCUCCGCGAGCCCUUUCCUGCUUCAUCCCAUAGGCUUGCUUGUUUUUAUCCUGGGCCUGAGCUGCCCACCAGACUACUCUGCUUUCCCUGCCCCUGGGGGCAAGGUGCCAGGCACGCUCGUACAGGGAGCAGCAGCAAGCAGCAAAAACCUCUGGUUCUCCAGAGCACUCGUCCUCUCUGUGGAGUUACUAGGUUGGGGAGAAAUGUCGAUACUUCGUGUGUAUAUAUUUUCUAACAUCUGUGAUUUAGGCUACUGUCUUCAUCCUGCUAAAGCACCCAUUCUGUGGUCAGAGCCCACCCCUUCCAUUACAUAGAAAAUGUAAUGUAGCUUUUCCCUCGGUCCCAGGUUCCCUGUCCCUCCCACGUCCCUUGCGUCCCAGCAGCCCCAGGACACAUAAGCUAUGGGCUUCCCGUGGCCCAGAUGACCGCCGUGGUGGGCACAGUUCUCAGGUCAAGCUGUCUGGGGAACACAGGACUUGGGGAGCACUGCCCUGAAAAGGCAGGAGAGGAGCUGGUUUGGAAAGUAACAAGAGGGUAUGUGUGCCCAGCCCAGCUGAGCCAAGCCUAGGAGAGAGCAUGGGGGUCCUCAGCCCCAGGCAGUCAUGACAUAACACACAUACCCCAGUCACUUGGACUCAUGGAAACGGACAUUGUCUCCCCAUGGGAAUCCCUGAGACGUGGAGCUGCUUGUGGUUUUCUUCUCCCUGACGUGAAGUCAUCCCGGGACACUUGGAAGAUGGUAAAGGGCCGGUCGGCAAGUCACCCAACACCAGGACCACUGCGUUUACCAGCCUGAUACUGCCGAGGUGACCUGCUGAAGCUCUCAGGAGCGAGGUGAUGAGUCCUCCUCCAUUCGCACCCUCUCCACCUCGGCUACCGAACUGUGUUGCAGGUGGAGAGGUGCUGCCUGUGGAAUGAGAAGAAGGCCUAUCAACCCCCGCACUUCUACUGGAGACAUUUGGCCGGGAUGAUCCUCCAAACCUGUUGGUCCCACCCCCUGGGGAGGCCAUGGUGCCAAUGUGAAAGGUGCUAGUUACCUGAAGCCUUGCCAUUUCUUACGGCUGCCCCAUUCUACCGCCCUGGCCAGAGCAGAAUCUGAAAACCACAUUUCCCUCCCUUCAACCACCACCACUGCCCAUUUUGGUCUUUUACCUUUGAGGGUAGUUUUCCCUUUAACUUUAUUUUUGUUUGUCUCUUCUUGCACUUUAUCAAGCGUCCUCCGAUUUCUGUCCACAAAUGGUCAUUCAACGAGUUGAAUGACCCACAGGUCACUGAAUCUUCCUGCCCUUCAGUCACCCCUUUACCCUAAGAACCACCAACAUAUGGAAGCCAAGGGGUCCCCCUUUCUUGAAGCUCACGCUAGUGACACAUUUGGAGAUUGGUUUUCUCAGCGCCACACCUUCCCCUCCCUAGAGACUUGUCUUCAAUCCUCCCCCACUUUGGCAAAAUGGGUACAGUAUCAUGGGCAACAGGUUUUCUCCUGCCUCUCGUGUCUUAGGAAGUUCCUCUCAGACUCCUUUCCUUCUGAUGUAUUUUCUCGUACAGUGUUUCAGUCUUUCACCCAUUUUCUCUCUCUCUCUCUCUCUCUCUCUCUCUCUCUCUCUCUCUCUCUCUCACACACACACACACACACACACACACUUUGGGAGGAUAAAAUGCAUAUAAUAAAAGAGACACCUGGCCCCUACUUUCCCAUGUAACAGUUUAGGGAAUGGGAUUGGGUUCGAUGACAAUGUCUCGGUGGGGAUGGGACAGUGGGCUUCCAUCUCCCCACGACCGCAGACCAGACCAGCUGGAAGUUGUGAUGAAUUGAUCUACAGCCCGAACUGCAGGAGACUUGGGAGACCCGGCGAGACAGGAAAGCUGCUGGGAGCAUCGAGGGACGGGAAUGGAAACGCAGAUGCGGUGAACACUUGAUACAGUGGACUCUUGUGAAUAUUACCAGUGAACAUUCACUGUUGCACUGUACAAAGUCUCUGACGUGUAAUUAAACGUUUUUAUUGAGCCCCUGA